GUUAACCCACUGUUCCUAGGCCGUCAUUGAAAAUAAGAAUUUGUUCUUAACUGACUUGCCUGGUAAAAUAAAAAUUUUAAAAAAUACUGUUGAUGUCAUGGAUUGGCAUUCUUUCCUCCAACUCCAUCACUAAAACAGUGAAAGGCUGACGGGCGUUGUUGUUGUUGUUGUUGUUUGAACGGCAGAUUUAACCCCGUUAAAGGGGCGAUUGUGGAUUUUGUCUGUGCCCACCCGGAUCUGUGUUUGUUUUGAUUUGUGUCCUUUCUUUAUGAGUUGUUAGGUAGAUUAUUAAGGGUGUUUUAUGAACCAAAAUGAGGCAUCAUUUGGCUCCAGUGUAAAAUGAAUUUGUUCCUCUGCAGUCGACUGUCAAUUUCUCAGCCCCGAGGUACAGUACAUUCCAGGGCUGUGUCUGUAGAUGAAAAGACUCCAGUUCACUAAAGAGGGCAAGUGGAGACAGGUUCCACAUGCCUACCCAGGAAGGUAUCAGUGGGACAAAUGACCUACAUUACCUCAUCUACCAGUGGUGGAUACUAAAACGUAUUUUUCUCUAAACGGGUGGAGUACGUCAGUGUAUAUUGGGCAGAAGGUCCCCAGUUUGUCUGGAUCAGAACGGGACCUACUGUGUUUUAACAGGGACAUUGUAAAGUCAACAUCUGGAGUCAAUAUCGGCCUAUUCACAACGGCUAUUUUCUGACCUUGUUCCUGUAAAGAAUGACAGCGGGGGAAAGAAAUGGCGGAGAAAUGGUUGUGGAUGUUAAUACCACGGAGGGGAUGCUGGAGCUCACGUGGGAAAGGUGCUGGACAAGAGGGAGAACGACAUGUGAGAGCCAAUGACAGGGACUACAAUGAAAAGUUCCCAUAUGCUGACAAUCACAUCAGAACCUGCAAGUACAAUAUCUUCACCUUCCUGCCCAUCAAUCUGUUUGAACAGUUCCAGAGAGCAGCUAAUGCAUACUUCCUAGUGCUGCUCAUAUUACAGUUGAUCCCUGAGAUCUCCUCCCUGUCCUGGGUCACUACCACUGUGCCUCUGGUCAUGGUGCUGUUGAUCACUGCAGUUAAAGAUGCCACUGACGACUAUUUCAGGUAUAAAAGCGAUCAGCAGGUCAACAGUCGUCAGUCUCAGGUACUCAGGGGAAAUCUACAGAAUGAGAAGUGGAUGAAUGUACGCGUGGGAGAUAUCAUCAAGCUGGAAAACAAUCACUUUGUGACAGCUGACAUUCUGCUGCUCUCUAGUAGUGAACCAUAUGGACUGUGUUACAUAGAAACGGCUGAGCUAGACGGGGAGACCAAUCUGAAGGUUCGUCAGGCUUUGACCGUGACCUCAGACUUGGGAGCAGACAUAACAAAGCUGGCUGACUUCAAUGGAGAAGUUAUCUGUGAGCCUCCCAACAACAAGCUGGACAAGUUCACAGGUACUCUGUACUGGAGAGAUAACAAGUACCCCCUGGAUAAUGAAAAGAUGCUGCUGAGAGGCUGUGUGCUCCGGAACACGGAGUGGUGCUUCGGAAUGGUCGUCUUUGCUGGGCUGCAAACCAAACUGAUGCAGAACUGUGGGAGGACUAAAUUCAAAAGGACCAGCAUUGAUAAACUGAUGAACACUUUAGUUUUAUGGAUAUUUGGCUUCCUAGUCUGCAUGGGUGUGAUCCUGGCUAUUGGCAACACCAUCUGGGAGCAGAAGGUUGGGAGGAGCUUCAGUGUCUAUCUCCUGUGGGAUGAACCAAUCAGAAACAACAAUGUGGUGUUCUCUGGGUUCCUCACCUUCUGGUCUUACAUCAUCAUUCUCAACACAAUGGUGCCCAUCUCUCUCUACGUCAGUGUGGAGGUUAUUCGUCUGGGCCACAGUUACUUUAUUAACUGGGACAGGAAGAUGUAUUACAUCCAGAAGGACACUCCAGCUGAGGCCAGAACCACCACGCUCAAUGAGGAGCUGGGUCAGGUGGAGUUUAUCUUCUCAGACAAGACAGGAACUCUCACACAAAACAUCAUGGUCUUCAACAAAUGCUCCAUCAACGGGAAGAGCUAUGGUGAUGUGUAUGAUGAAUUCGGCCAUAAAGUGGAAAUUACAGAGAGAACGGCCUGUGUAGAUUUCUCUUUCAACCCUCUGAGUGACAGGAAGUUUAAGUUUCAUGACCAUAGCCUGUUGGAGGCCAUCAAGAUGGAGGAGCCAUCAGUGCAGGACUUCUUCAGACUGCUGGCUUUGUGUCAUACUGUCAUGCCUGAGGAGAAGAAUGAAGGGGAUCUGGUGUACCAGGCCCAGUCGCCUGACGAGGGAGCCCUGGUCACGGCCGCACGGAACUUUGGCUUUGUGUUUCGUUCCAGAACCCCGGAGACCGUCACACUGUACGAGAUGGGGACGGCCGUCAACUACCAGCUCCUGGCCAUCCUCGACUUCAACAACGUGCGCAAGAGAAUGAGUGUCAUUGUGAGGAACCCAGCGGGCCACAUCAAGCUGUACUGUAAAGGAGCUGACACCAUCAUCUUCGACAGACUGGACCCGUCCAACCAUAUUCUCAUGAACACUACCUCAGAGCAUCUUUACGAGUUUGCUGGUGAAGGCUUGCGAACACUGGCCCUGGCCUACAAAGACCUAGAUGAGAAUGUAUUAGAGGAAUGGAUGAAGAGACUCCUGUAUGCCAGCACUGUGAUAGAGAACAGAGAGGAGGGACUGGCUGAUCUCUAUGAGGAAAUAGAGACAGGCCUCAUGCUCCUAGGAGCCACAGCAGUAGAAGACAAACUCCAGGAGGGGGUUCCUGAAACAAUCGCCUGUUUGACCCUGGCCAACAUCAAGAUCUGGGUUCUCACUGGGGAUAAGUUAGAGACGGCGAUGAACAUCGGCUACUCCUGCAACAUGCUGAGAGACGAUAUGAACGAAGUGUUUAUCAUAUCAGGACAUUCUGUCUUAGAGGUGCAGCAGCAACUCAGGAGUGCUAAGGAGCACAUCCUGGGCCUGGGUAGAGUCAGCGGUACUGUAGAUGUGGAGAAGACAGAUGACUUCUCAGACGAUUCUGUAUUUGAAGAAACCAUCAUAGCAGAGUAUGCCUUAAUCAUCAAUGGACACAGUCUGGCCCAUGCCCUGGAGCCUGAGCUGGAGCAGGUCCUUCUGGAGACUGCCUGUCUGUGUAAGACAGUGAUCUGCUGUAGGGUGACUCCCAUGCAGAAGGCCCAGGUGGUGGAGCUGGUCAAGACGAACAAGAUGGCUGUGACUCUGGCCAUAGGAGACGGAGCCAAUGACGUCAGCAUGAUCAAGACUGCUCAUAUAGGUGUAGGUAUAUCAGGUCAGGAGGGCAUGCAGGCUGUGCUAGCCUCCGACUACUCCUUUGCCCAGUUCCGCUAUCUGCAGCGUCUCCUACUGGUCCACGGCCGCUGGUCCUAUUUCCGCAUGUGCAACUUCCUGUUCUACUUCUUCUACAAGAACUUUGCCUUCACCCUGGUGCACUUCUGGUUCGGCUUCUUCUGUGGUUUCUCAGCUCAGACGGUUUAUGACCAGUGGUUUAUCACUCUCUUCAAUAUAGUCUACACAUCCCUGCCAGUUCUGGCCAUGGGGCUUUUCGAUCAGGAUGUGAACGAAGCCAACAGCCACCGCUACCCUAGCCUGUACCGUCCAGGACAGCUCAAUGUCCUGUUCAACAAAAGACAGUUCUUCCUGUGUACGCUACAGGGGGUGGGCACCUCCUUCCUCCUUUUCUUCAUCCCCUACGGAGCCUUCUGCCUCGUCGCCAGGGACGACGGAUCACACAUCUCAGACCAGCAGGCUUUCGCCGUCAUCAUAUCAACAUCCUUGGUCAUAGUGGUGAGCGUUCAG